UUUGAUACCGUUGACAGGUACACACAGAGAUGCAUAUAUCUCAUAAUUCCAGGCAAUAUUUAAAAGAGCUUUCAGAGAAACUAGGGUUGAGAGUUGAACUAUGAGUAGAACGCAUGUUCUGGUUUUGCCUUUCCCAGCACAAGGUCAUAUUAAUCCUCUUAUGGAGCUUUCACAUGAACUGGUCAAACGUGGCAUCAAAAUCACAUUCGUGAACACGAAUUUCAACCAUGAGCGAAUCAUGAAAGUUCGGGCAAUGAGAGGAGGAGGAGGAGGAGAACAAGUGGAAAAUGAUCUGAUUCAACUGGUCUCAAUCCCAGAUGGCCUGGAACAAGAGGAAAACAAGGAUCGUGGUUUGGAAAGGUUACUUGAAUCUAUGUGGAAAGUCAUGCCAAAGAAGCUGGAAAAGCUGAUACAAGAGAUUAAUGAAUCAGUUGGUGAAAUGAUAAGCUGUGUGGUUGCAGAUGGGGCCAUGGGAUGGGCACUUGAAGUUGCAGAGAAGAUGGGAAUCCAUGGAGCUGCAUUCAUUCCUACUUCAGCUUCACUCUUGGCCUUGUUCCUCAGCAUCCCAAAACUGCUUGAUGAUGGAAUCAUUGAUAGUAAUGGAACACCAAUAAAAGAUCAGAUUAUUCAUUUGGCUCCAGAGAUGCCUGCUAUGAGGACAAAACAUUUUCUCUGGACACAAGUUUGUGACUUGAAUGCACAAAGAAUUGUAUUUCACUUUAUAAUGAGGGGCAACAAAGCACUGGAAAGCACUGAUUGGGUGAUCUGCAACUCAACACAAGAACUUGAGCCACAAACAUUUGCUUUCUCUCCAAAUAUUUUUCCUAUAGGCCCACUUCAAGCAAGAAAGAACAACCAUACUGAUCAUUUAGCAGGAUCCUUUUGGCCAGCAGACUCAACUUGCAUGAAUUGGCUUGAUCUACAGCAAGAUAAAUCAGUUAUCUAUGUUGCUUUUGGAAGUAUAGCUAUAUUUGAUCAUAACCAGUUGCAAGAACUAGCAUUGGGGCUUGAACUCUCAAAUAAGCCAUUUCUAUGGGUUGUAAGAUCAGAUAUUAACAAAGAAGCAAACUAUGACUUCCUAAAAGAAUUUGAAGAGAGAUUGUCUUCUCGUGGGAAGGUCAUCGGUUGGGCUCCACAGCAGAAAGUUCUGAAUCAUCGUUCAAUUGCUUGCUUCUUAAGCCACUGUGGUUGGAAUUCUACCUUAGAAGGUCUCAUCAAUGGAGUGCCUUUCUUGUGUUGGCCUUUCUUUGCUGAUCAAUUUCUGGAUGAGACCUAUAUUUCUGAUAUUUGGAAGGUCGGGUUAAGGCUUGGUCGAAACGAAGGGAUCAUUAGCAGAGAAGAAGUAGCAUCUAAGAUUAAUCAAGUGUUCCAUGAUGAGGGAUUCAGAUUAAGGGCUUUAGAGCUAAAGGAAAAAGCCAUUAACAGUGUCAAAGAUGGUGGCAGAUCAAACAAGAAUUUGAAGAACUUUGUUGAUUGGCUUAAAGCAUAAAGAAAGUAUUGUAAUCUUAUAAAUGAAAUGUAAUAUGACAAAAGGAAAAAGAGGACAUGCUUUUAUCAUCAUGUGACAAUAGAAGAAUGUAGUUUUUAACUUUA